AUCAGGCAAUCAAGCGUCUUUCUUGAGCGCUUCCUGGGUGCAAAGCACUGUACUGAGCGCUUAGGACAGCAGCCAGGAGGCGCGUGCGUGGAGGUCUUCGCAGCUGGGGGCUUGCAAGGACCGUGUACAGUAUUGUUUACAUGACAUAAUGGAUUAUUUCCUCAAUGUUUGGUUUUUAUCAACACCGACAUGAGGCUGUAUAGUGAUUCAAUCAAUCAGUGGUAUUGGAGUGCCUAUUACUGCAAAGCAUUGUGUAAGUCCUUGGGAGAGUACACAACAGAACUAGCAAACAAGGUUUAAAGUGAAGCUGCCGCUAAUUUUCAAACAAAGGCUACAAGAUGAUGCCAUCCAAAUAUUUUGUGUUUCUCUGUUUCUGCUGCUGUGUGAUGAGAGUGCAUUCCGCCUGCUGGCGUGGCCUAAAUCCACUUGCAAAUAUUUCAACACCUGUAUGGCUGACUAAGAUGCAAUCAAUAAUGUCUCCUGGGAGCAGUAUCAGACACAACAUUCCUGGAGGAAAAGGGCCUUACUCCGUGGGAUGUACAGAUUUGAUGUUUAAACCCACACGCGAGGGUAGCUUUUUACGUUUAUAUUACCCUUCCCAAGAUGAUAAGGACCAGAAAAACACUGUGUGGAUUCCAAAUCAAGAAUAUUUUACAGGACUUAUGAAAUUCCUUACAAGGCAUCAGUUCUGGGGCAAAUUUUUAAACCUCUUAUUUGGCUCCGUGAAGAUUCCUGCCAAGUGGGAAGCCCCUUUCAAGUCUGGAGAAAAAUACCCCUUGAUCAUCUUUUCUCAUGGCCUUGGAGCCUUCAGGACAAUAUAUUCUGCUAUUGGCAUGGACUUGGCAUCUCACGGGUUUAUAGUUGCUGCAGUGGAACACAGAGAUGAUUCUGCAGCAGCGACCUACUAUUUCAAUGAGACGUUAACUGAGAAGACCUGGCUCUACUACAAGAAUCUCGAAGAGGGGGAUAAUGAAUACUUAAUACGCCAUUCACAGGUUCUGCAAAGAGCAAAUGAGUGCAGGAAUGCUCUUGAUUUGAUUCUGGAUAUUAAUAGUGGAAAAUCAGUAAAGAAUGAAUUGGGUUUGAAGUUUAAGUUCGAACACCUAAAGGAUGCUAUUGACCCUAAUCAAGUGGCAGUAAUGGGACAUUCCUUUGGGGGAGCUACAGUGAUUCAGACCCUUAGCCAAGACAAGAGAUUCAGGUGUGGAAUUGCCCUAGAUGCCUGGAUGUUACCCUUAAAUGACCAAGUCAGUUCCAGAGUUCCUCAGCCACUACUGUUCAUCAAUUCUGAGAAAUUCCAGGAUCUUGGAAGUAUCCAAAAAAUGAGAGCUCUUUACCAGCCUGGUACAGAAAGAAAAAUGAUCACAAUCAAGGGCUCCGUCCAUCAGAACUUUGCAGAUUUUACCUUUGUGACUGAUGACAGGAUUGGAAAGUGGCUCAUGCUGAAAGGAGAUAUAAAUUCGAAUCUUGCCCUUGACCUCAGCAAUGAGGCAUCUUUAGCUUUCUUGCAAGAACACCUAGGCCUUCAGAGAGACUAUGACCAAUGGGCUCAUCUCCUGGAUGGAAAAGAUGAGAACUUGAUUCCAGGCAGCCCUUUUGAUGAGCCUCACCUUUAACCUCCUCCAUGUAGGUUUCCUGAUACCAAGAUUAUAGGUUAUGGCAGGAAUACUCAAAUAGCACUAUGCCCCUGCUGGAAAGCCCUCAUUUUCCUACAAGGCUUUCCUUUAGAAUAAUUCUUGUCCCACCACUCAAUCAAUCUUUCACAUACUAAUUUUCCUUCACCUUUAAACUCCAGAGCAGCUAGGGGAAAUGAUCUGGGUGGGGAUGAGAAAACAAUCAGCAGCAGAAAUGCUAGAAUUCACAGAUCAGUUAAUAAGAAAUUUAGCUGGCUGAUAAAGGGGCAGGGCUGUCUGUAGUCUGUACAGAUCCUACUAUCCACCUAUUGUGAGGUAGCUGUUCUCUUGGAAGAUUAAAAAAAAAACAACACAAACCACUUUUGUCCAAAGAGUCAACUUUAUUCAAGCUAGAUUGUAUUAUAAUAACCCCAACAUUCAAACAGAAGCUCUAUGAAACAUGUGACCCAAGUGAAAUUCAACACUAUUCUAACCUCUGAAAUAUGCUAUCCUUAAUAACUGGUACAUCUUCAGCUACGGGAGGGUUGAUGCUACCCUGUUCACAAAUCCUUGGACUUACAUCAGACUUGAUUUAGCCCCUGCUUAA